GUUAUUCAAGAAAAGCAGGCAUUGGACCAUUAACCGGAAUGUCAAACGUCUCUGUGAUUUUCUUUCUCUUAGUACUUGUGAGUUUCACAUUCAAACAAGGCAAUACGGCAUAUGUAUGCCAGGAUGGUUGGGCCAGUUUUGGUGAAGAUUGUUACAAGUUUCUGAAUGAAAUGGAAUUUAUUCAUGCCGUGACAAUAUGCCUCGAUUUAGGGGCUAAUGUGUUGGAAGUCCAAAGUUCACUCGAAGAGAAAUGGAUUGAUUUGCAAUGUCGAAUCAGAGAUUGUCUGAGUGGAGUCUGGCUUGGGGUCAGUGACCUUUCGCAAAAGGGGAUGUUUCUGUCAGUGUCACAGGCGAGACCACCACAAUACCUUAACUGGGGAUGGGGAGAACCUUUCAAUAAAAACGACGGAGAAAACUGCGUGGCUCUCUCAAAACGCAAGCGUGCGUGGGAUACGACUUCUUGUCUUAACAAAUAUAACAUUGUGUGUAAAAAACCAAUGUCUUUUCUUUGAGAACGAAUAAAACUGAUCACAAAAUCUU